AUGGCUCAUUCCACCGACGAACGAGACAACGGCUUCAAAACGACCCCAUUUUUACGAGUCAAAAAGCUGUCGGACAAAGCUAUUCUGCCCUCGAGGGGCUCUCCACUUUCCGCCGGCUAUGACCUCUCUAGCGCGACGGAGACCAAAGUCCCGGCCAGAGGCAAAGCCCUAAUUCCGACUGAUCUGAGCAUCGCCGUUCCUCCGGGAACUUACGCUCGCGUCGCCCCUAGAUCAGGUUUGGCUUGGAAGCAUUCGAUCGACGUGGGUGCAGGAGUGAUUGAUGCCGAUUACAGGGGACCGGUUGGGGUGAUUUUGUUCAAUCAUUCAGACACGGAUUUUGAAGUCAAGGCCGGUGAUCGGAUUGCGCAGCUGAUUGUCGAGAAAAUCGUGAUGCCUGAGGUUACUGAGGUCGAUGAUCUUGACUUGACUGUUAGGGGCUCGGGGGGAUUUGGAUCCACCGGUGUUUGA